CGCACCAGGACCUUCGUUCCGGUGGGGGCCUUGCGACAGUCGGGUCCCCCCCGCUCGUCUCGGGUGCGGAGGACCGCUCCGAAGAGGUCCCUCUGCGGGUCCUCACGCGGGACUGGCCCCCGAGCGGCGUUGGGCGUGGCCAUUCCCGGGUCCGAGCUGUCAGCCUCUCCACCACCCGACCUGGAAGAGCCGGGACUCGCCUAGGGUGGGCUCCAGCCGUUGCCGGCGUCCAGCUGCCAAUUUUCUGCCUGGAUCGCUGUCUCCUCACUUCUCCCGUGUCCUCGUGCAGAAGGCCUUGGGGUAUGUAACAGUCAUGCCUGUGGACAUGCUGUCUCCUGGAGCCCGGGACUCACCCGCCCUGCCUUUCCGCCUGAGGACCAAGGUCCCGGGCUACCUGCUCCGGAGGCCGGCCGACGGUGGAGCCCGGAAACCUAGUGCGGUGGAGCGCCUGGAGGCCGACAAGGCCAAGUACGUCAAGAGCCUGCAGGUGGCCAACACCCGCCAGCAACCUGUGCAGCCGCUGCUGUCCAAGCAGCCGCUCUUCAGCCCUGGGACUCGCCGCACCGUGCUCACUCCUAGCCGCCGAGCCCUGCCGGGCCCCUGCCGCCGGCCCCAGCUGGACCUGGACAUCCUUAGCAGCCUUAUCGACUUGUGUGAUAGCCCGGUGUCCCCUGCCGAGGCUAGCCGCACCCCCGGGCGGGCAGAGGGAGCCCCCCAGGACCCCCCAGCCACCCCUCCACGCCCACCUCCCAGUACCGCUGCCGUCCGCCGAGUGGAUGUCCGUCCCCUGCCGGCCUCACCUGCCCAGCCCUGCCCAUCACCGGACACUGCCGCCUCCAGUCCAGCCCGGCCCCCGGGUUUGCAGCGCUCCAAGUCAGACCUGAGUGAGCGCUUCUCGCGGGCAGCGGCCGACCUGGAGCGAUUUUUUAACUUCUGCGGCCUGGACCCAGAGGAGGCACGGGGGUUGGGUGUGGCACACCUGGCACGAGCCAGCUCAGACAUAGUGUCUCUGGCGGGGCCCAGUGCUGGGCCAGGUAGCUCCGAGGGGGGCUGCUCCCACCGCAGCUCGGCCACUAUUGAGGAGCGGGCCCGGGAGCGCGUCCCCUAUGGCGUGUCCGUGAUUGAGCGCAAUGCCCGUGUGAUCAAGUGGCUGUACGGGUUGCGGCAAGCACGGGAGACUCCAGCGGUGGAGGGAUAGGUCUCCACUGGACUCGCAUUCGGCACAGGACAGAGCUGAAAGAGGCAGCUGGCCCCUUGAGCUCUCUUUCACCCUUUCCCUGGUUGGAGCAGACCAGAGACCACUGCCUUUGGUGAACUUGGCAUGGAGGCAAAGGCUCCGACGCUGGGCCAGCAUCCGUCUGGCAAGGACUGACCCUGGAGAGAGUGGCCUCUUGACUUGGCCCACUCCCUCCUCCUCACCUGUCGGGAUUUUGCCAGCAUUGUCCCUCUGCGUGGUUCCUCUCAUGGGCUUGGGGCACUUAGCCCUCCCCCCUGAGUGAGGGGCCAAGGAUCCCUACCAGGUCUGUCUACCCCGUGGCUCUGUUUCUUCCUUCCUUCCUUGGCCUCUAUCCUUUCCUGACUUCCUCUUCGUCACUCAGUGGGCCCUGGUUCCCUGGGAAUUCACCCUAGGGUGGGGGCAGGGAAGAGUGGUCUAGCCACUGUUCUUCCCAGGCCUUGGCAACCUGGCCUAGGUGGGUAGACUACAGGAGGGACUGGUAGAAGCCCUCCUGGCUCUGGCUUCCUUCCCUUUGGUUAAUAAACACAAAUGCUUGCUUUUUAAA